CAGAUAAUGGACAAAAGCCAACAGAGCAGGAAGAACUAUCAGCUGCCGCUUCUCUGUCACCGGACAUCUCCUCGCAAGAGGAUGGACAGCUGUCUCCUGAGCAGCAACCAGAAGAACUAUCAGCUGCCGCUUCACUGUCACCGGACAUCUCCUCGCAGGAGGAUGGACAGCUGUCUCCUGAGCAGGUCAGUCUGUCUGUACUAUCAUAAUUUCUCUUUAACACUUCCAUGUAAUUACACUAAAGUUACACCCCUCAACUCACCGCUUCGCAGUCACCGGACAUCUCCUCGCAAGAGGAUGGACAGCUGUCUCCUGAGCAGCAACCAGAAGAACUAUCACCUGCCGCUUCUCUGUCACCGGACAUCUCCUCGCAGGAGGAUGGACAGCUGUCUCCUGAGCAGCCUAACAGCAACUCAUCUGAUGAUGGAUUCAUAAGAAUCAGGGUCCCACUUGAACAGACUUUUUUUUUCUUGAAAACGAAAGAAUGGACUAAUAUAAAAAAUAAGAGAUCCCAAAGAGGAUACAAGGGACUACAGUGGACAAAUCUGAUUUCAGACGGAAUACGGACAGUGUUUCCACAUUGUUCCUUUGCUUUCAAAAGGCACAGAGUCAAGGCUUUGGACUCAGUAAGAAAGGGCCCUUUCUGGUGUCUGGGUUACUGCAGUUUUGAGGAUUGUCCAGUCACUGUCACUGUCACUGUAGAUAAUGAAGACGAUCUAAAGGCAAAAGUCAGUUUUCAAGGUCUCGAGUGUGUGCACAACCACUACGACCUGAAAAGAAGACCAGUAAGAGCUCAUAAGAGAGAUAAAAUUGGCCAUGAAUUGGAAAAACAAUUACCUCGAGCCAUGUAUCUGGAAAAAAUGAGCAAAAUGGAUGAUGAUGUUGUGCAAUCGGGGUGUAGAGAUGAAGUUCCAACUCCUCAAGUGUUGAGAAACAUAGCCUGGGAAAUCCGAAAGAAAAGUCGUCUUCAUCAUAAUGAGAUUAUGAGUCUCCAGUUAAUGGUGGAAAACAAGAAGAACAACCCAGAGGAUGUAUUGCAGAAAGUGAUGUUACAUCCAAAAGGUGUUUUUUUAUGGUCUUCCAGGAGCAUUGAGAUUUUCCAGAGCCGCUGUCGGGAGGACAUAGUUUAUUUGGAUGCUACAGGAAGUAUCAAGCCUCCUUUCUAUGUUUACGAACUUGUAGUGAGGAAUCCACGAAAAACGUGCUCUCCCCUACCAGUGGCUACAUAUUUAACAUGUGACCAUACCACUGCCUCAGUCACAUAAUUUUUGGAAGCAUUUCUGACUGAUGUUGCAAGGGCCUUUGGGCGCAAAGCCAUGCGUUUACCUUUAAUGCUUAUGUGUGAUGGAUCUAUGGUCCUAAUGCAAGCUAUCUGUUUAGCUUUUGCAAAAAAAAAAUCUGUCUGACACAAUAAAUCACUAUUAUAACAUCGCUUCGGGAAAAGGAAGCAAGGAAGACUUCGAGGUUCCAAUUCUUCACAGAUGCCUUAGUCAUGUUAUGAAGAAUGCCAAGGAGAUCUGUAAAAAGUAUGCACCAAAGAACUACCAUCUUGCAAUGCACACUGUUGGAGUCUUCACUACUGCAACUUCCUUAAAAGACCUCUCUGACAUGGUUCAAAGUGCUGCAGUUGUUUUUGGGAGUCCUUGUAGUGGUGAGAAUGUAGAAAAACAUUUUCACAACCUGCAGUUAUGGAUGCAGAAAGCCAAUGUUGAUGUUGAUGGCAAUGCCAGAAACUCAAAAGCUGAUGAGGACCUGAAGGGAGUCAAGGGAAACAACCUCUUUGGGAGACAUUUUAAGGAGCUCAUUUCCAACACAUCAUUGGAGAUGGAUGGUGACCUUGGAAGACAUGGCACUGGGAAAAUGUAUGAGCAGUACCACAACAAAUACAAUGCCUUAAGAAAGAUCAAGAGACAAAAUAUUACUGAGAAUAAUAAAAUGCAGGGGAUAAUGGAGAAGAGCCAGUGGGAUCUGAAACAUAUCCGUCUACGUUCGGGAAGGCUCACCAGGCUGGAUGACUUUGUUGUCCAGUAUCAAAUCAGUCACACAGCGCUGCUGAAGGAGUACGAAGUCUCAAAAAGAAUGCUUCAAAGAAAGAAAUUUAGAGUGGACGAAGAAAAAUGGAAGGAACGUCGCCAAAAAAAGAAGGGGAGAUAUGUAACAGUACUCCGCAAGCCAUUUCCUUUCAGGAGAUCUACAAAGAUGGUUGCUUCCUCUAUGGCCCCGAGUUCCCCUGUGCAGACUGGUAGAGUUGAGGAUGUUACCUUGGAAACUCCAGAAUUUCAGGAGGUCCUGUCUUUGUGGAAGAAAAGAGACACAGAGGUUGUGGUUUCUGUGCUUCCCUCAAAAAACCAUGGUACGUCCAUAAUUAUCCACCACAGUGAUCUGCGAACCCUUCGACCACACCUGUGGCUAACAGGCGAGGUAAUUGAAGGCCUGUUUCAUUGUCUGGCAAAAAAGGAGCAAAAGGGGAUCUACAUUAUGAACCAUUACACAGCGGGCUUGAUUCUCUUUGGUGAUCGGACACAGCUUUCUCGCCAAAGCUUGCGGAACGUAAACUUCGAUCGGUACCAGGCCAUUGUCAUGUUUGUUAACAUUAAAAAUGUACACUGGAAGUUUCUGUUCAUCAAUGCAGUGAAUCACACUGUUUAUCUCCUUGAUCCUGCCCCAAGUUCAUCAGAGGAGGAAGACUCUAAACUCGCUGCACGUAAAUUCAGUGAUUACUUAAAAAUGAGGAGAACCCGCCACGCAAAAACAGAAUGGGUGGACAUUAAAUGGAAGGGAGGUGUCUUGACCCAUCCAGUGCAGAAGGAUGGCUUCAGCUGUGGAGUAUUAGUGGUGAUGAUGGCACGGGCAGUGAUGAAAGUAUUUCCAGAUUUUCCCGUCAUGAAAUUUAAAACCUCAAAAGAAAAAAUGGCAGAGGAAAGAAAAUUGAUGGCUCUGGAGAUACUACAAGCAUCAGUUUUUGACACUAACAGCAACUGUGCCAUGUGAUCGCUGACUAAGCCACCUGGAUCAGGACCUUCAAUGAUGAACUGGAUACAAUAUGACACCUGUCAAAGAUGGUACCAUGAACAGUGCCUUGACAUGACCAACAAUGACUUUAAAAAAGCAAAGGAAGAAGCGUGGAAUUGUCUGCUGUGCUGUUAAACCCCAGACUUAUUGGAUGCUUGUGUCAAAAUAUUUGAAGACGUACUCUGUUGUCUCCACCAAAGUGAUAAAUUGAGCAACAUAAUACGGCGAAACGUUUUCAUACAUAUCUCAUGCACAUUUCCGUGAUGUUGUAAUUUACCUUUAAAGCACCUUUAAUGUUAUCAUGACUGCACCUUUUGGACUUUACAAUUUACUCUCCUUGUAUUGAGCUUUUCCCUUUUUCUGGGAUUUGUUUUCAAAGAUAAACAGAUUUACCUAUGUUACUUUUAUGAAAAUGGUUCUAUUUCAUAACAUUUCAAAUACAAAGAAAAGAUUGUGGCAUUAAUAUGUAAAGACAAGAAAUCCACUUGAGUAAAUUUUAAUAAAUAAAAUCAGACUGACUUGAUAUUGAUAUGGUAUCACUGUGGGGUUGUACACUGUUGAUCUAAAGUGGAAUUACCCUGUGGAAACAGCAAUUUUCCAUUUUAGAGCAUUUUGAAACCACUGAAAGUUAGGUCAAUUGUGGACAAUUUGAAAAGGCUUUUAUUUUUGAAAGCAAAAUCAGAAUGACUUGACAUUGAUAUGGUAUCACUGUGGGGUUGUAUACUGUUGAUCUAAAGUGGAAUUACCCUGUGGAAACAGGAAUUUUCCAUUUUAGAGCAU